CGGAGCGGGCCGGCUGUGCGCUUCGCGGGGGUGUAACUUGAGAGCUUUCGCUACAAAGUCCCAGCGCCUAUUGCCGAAGCCGACAGAAAGCUCGCGAACUGGAAUGCGGCUCUGGACGCGGCCGCGUUUUUUCGCUUCUGGCUGCUCGGGAAGAUCCAGAGAAGAACGCUGAAAGUUGUUGUUGUUGGCGGCGGCGGCGCCUUGCCGGAUUUAUGCUUUGCGCGGGACGGAGCGCCGCGGCCAACAACCGGGACCCUGGCGCAUCCUUUUCUUCCUACCCUCCGAGGAGCGGAGCCCGGGAAAACGGAGUAGUGGAACAGCUCUAAGCCGGCAGGAGGAGGAAAGGAUGAUUGCCAGUGGUGAUCUUAUGGACUGAUUCCUUUGUCAAAUAGAAGCUCUUAAGUUUGUCUCUUGAACUUUGAGCUCAAAAAACUGCAGCUUGGAAUGACACCUUAAACCUUGUGUUGACUGUCUUUGCAAAGCAGGCUGAACUGUAAACAAACUACACCCCUCCCCCCUGCGUUAGUUUACAACGGCAUUUGAGUUUCUAACUGGGAGCCAAAGUGAAGAAGGUAACAGGAUGACGGCCCUGUGGUGUAAUCUUCUUAAGCUUCUGGUGGUAGCAACUAUAUCUGCUUGGAUAUCUGCUUCCACAGAAAGAACCAGGGAUCCAGAGAUAUUUGACAGCCACAUGCUUGAGACAGAAGAGGAGCAUCUGGUUUUGGAUCCAGGGAGCCAGCUGAAGCUCUAUUGCAGCACCAAUCACACUCUUGCUAUCACAUGGUAUAAGGAAGAUAAGCAACUUUUCCCUAGUGAGCGCAUCCACAUUCAGCAAAAUUUGCUGGAGAUCCCUGAAGCCACCUAUGAAGAUUCAGGAUUAUACUCAUGCCAUGCUUGGAAUACUGGAGAAAGCCUGCGUAAUUUUACUAUCUCUGUUGUAGAUUCAUUGGCUUCAGGGGAUGAUGAUGAAGACAGUGAUGUGGAGAAUGCUCACAUUGAUUCUAAUGAGGAGCCUGCACAGGCCCAUCUAGCACCCUAUUGGACACACCCUCAUCGAAUGGACAAGAAGCUGCAUGCAGUCCCAGCAGGAAAUACAGUCAAGUUCCGCUGCCCAGCUUCAGGAAAUCCCACCCCAUCUAUCCGCUGGCUGAAGAAUGGGCGGGAAUUCCGUGGGGAGCACCGUAUUGGAGGAAUUCGGCUCAGGCAUCAACACUGGAGUUUGGUCAUGGAGAGCGUGGUACCCUCUGAUCGAGGCAACUAUACAUGCUUGGUGGAGAAUAAAUUUGGCAGCAUUCGCUACAGUUACUUUCUGGAUGUGCUAGAGAGGUCUCCACACAGACCUAUCUUGCAAGCUGGGUUGCCUGCCAAUACCACAGCAGUGAUGGGGAGUGAUGUAGAGUUCUUUUGCAAGGUAUACAGUGAUGCACAACCCCACAUACAGUGGCUUAAACACAUCAAAGUGAAUGGCAGCAGUUUUGGUCCAGAUGGAGUCCCCUACGUGCAGAUCCUUAAGACAGCAGAUAUUAACAGCUCAGAAGUGGAGGUCCUCUACUUGCAGAAUGUCUCCAUGGAGGAUGCUGGUGAAUACACCUGCCUGGCUGGAAAUUCUAUCGGCUUGUCCUACCAAUCCGCCUGGCUUACUGUGCUUCCAGAUAAAGAAGAAGUUGAAGAAGUAUAUGCCCCUGAAAUCAAGUACACUGACAUAAUUAUCUACACUUCAGGGUCUUUAGCUAUUGCCAUGGCUAUUGUCAUUGUUGUUUUAUGCCACAUGCAGAUUCAGCCAAGCAAGCAGCCUCUGGAACCAAUGGCUGUGCACAAACUCUCCAAAUUUCCUCUUAUCCGACAGUUCUCCUUGGAAUCAAGCUCCUCAGGGAAGUCCACAACAUCACUAAUGCGUGUUACUCGCCUCUCCUCAAGCUGUACUCCCAUGCUAGCUGGGGUUAUGGAAGUGGAACUGCCACUGGAUUCCAAGUGGGAAUUCCCACGGGACAGGCUGGUGCUAGGCAAGCCCUUAGGGGAGGGCUGUUUCGGGCAGGUGGUGAGAGCAGAAGCUUAUGGGAUUGAUCCAGAACGGCCAGAGCGUCCUCUCACUGUUGCUGUUAAAAUGCUGAAAGAUAAUGCUACAGAUAAAGACUUGGCUGACCUCAUUUCAGAAAUGGAGAUGAUGAAACUGAUGGACCAACACAAGAAUAUCAUCAACCUAUUGGGUGUCUGUACCCAAGAUGGUCCUCUCUAUGUGAUUGUGGAAUUUGCUGCCAAGGGGAAUUUGCGGGAGUAUCUGCGAGCCCGCCGACCUCCGACACCUGAUUACACAUUUGAUAUUACCAAGAUGCCAGAGGAGCAGCUUUCCUUCAAAGACUUGGUUUCUUGUGUUUACCAAGUAGCCCGUGGCAUGGAGUACCUGGAGUCCAAGCGGUGUAUUCAUCGGGACCUGGCUGCUCGCAAUGUUCUUGUUACUGAAGAGAAUGUGAUGAAAAUUGCUGAUUUUGGCUUGGCCCGUGGAGUUCAUGAUAUAGACUAUUAUAAGAAAACCAGCAAUGGUCGCUUGCCUGUAAAAUGGAUGGCACCAGAAGCUCUGUUUGACAGAGUGUACACACACCAAAGUGAUGUGUGGUCCUUUGGGAUUCUCAUGUGGGAGAUUUUUACACUGGGUGGCUCCCCCUAUCCUGGCAUCCCAGUGGAAGAACUAUUCAAACUUCUCAAAGAAGGUCACCGAAUGGACAAGCCCUCCAAUUGUACCCAUGAACUGUACAUGAUGAUGAGAGAAUGCUGGCACGCUGUGCCUUCCCAACGACCCACCUUUAAGCAGUUAGUGGAGGGAUUGGAUAAAGUCCUGGUUGCUGUCUCUGAUGAGUAUCUGGACCUGUCAAUGCCUUUUGAACAGUAUUCCCCAUCCUGUGAAGACACAACUAGCACCUGUUCCUCUGAUGAUUCAGUCUUCACCCAUGAUCCUUUGCCAAUCACUCCUUGCCUUUUUCCUUAUCACAAUGUAAGGACAUGAGGAGGGGGACAGACCAUGGACACUAGGGAAAGUGGCAUUUUUGGGUUUUUUCCCCCCCUUCAUUCCUAAAGGAUUACACAGUUUGAGAACUUAAGUUCUCAGAAUGUCCCUGGUUGAAGAAACUGCCUGGAGCUAUAUUAGCAAGAACUAAAAGUCUCAUCAAGCUUCUGGAAUCUGCUGGACAUCUACUGUCCAAAGUUCAUCAACAAGAACCAGAUGGCUUCCUUACACGUGUCUACGGAUGCUCCAGGCACGAUGCUUCAAUACCCUGUAAUCUCAGGACCCCUCAAAGCUGUUGCUCUAGCUGAGCCUUCAAUGCAGCCAGCUGACUGAAGAUAAGUAAGACCAGAUUAAUAGGAAGUAACUUAGUCCUGGAGAGAAGGGCACUCUCUAACUGCAGGAGCUCUUAGGAGCAUCACUGGGUAUCCUGCUUCUUUUUCUGAUACAUUCCCAAUUUAAUAAUACUUUAAAAAGACUUCAUGAUUUGGCAGGAGUCAGCCAGCCAGCUUUCUCAGGCAGUCCCAUCCUUAUCUGGAGACACCAUCACAAGGAUGUCCUACCUAGGACAUGGACCUUUCCUUCUGGUUCCUGAUGUCCUCUGUACAUAACCCUAGAGAUAAAUAUUUAUGUACAUAUCACUUCUAAUGCACAUGAAUUACCCACACCCAUAAAUUAUUUUUUUGGAGUAGAACCUCUGCCUGGAGGUGUUUUUUUUUUUCCUGCAUCUCCUGUUGAAAUGAUUGCUAGACUAGUCUGGCCUCAGAUGGUAUGUCUAAAUUGCUAUGUAAAGUUCAAAUGUUGCAAUUUAAUUUGGUUCUUGUAUAAAUGAAUAUCCGUGAAGCUUUAGAAAGGAAGGCACUGUGUGUCUAAAUUCCCUUUUUAACAAUUAGCCAUAAUCUGAUUUUCCCUUCCACGAUCUGUAGAAGAGAAGUUGAUUGGAUUUUUCAAGGCAGAAUACAGUUAGUCUAAUGUACCUAAAGCAAUAGAGAAUCCAGUGGCACUUCAAAUUCCAAUAUAUUUAUUAUAGCAUGAGCUUUUGUGAACAUAACCCAAAUGAUCCAGUGAAGGAGUUGUUAUCUUCAGCUAUUUAACUAAGGAAGUGGAGCAUAAUUCAUCAAAUCUUUUGCUCCAACAAUUUUGUGAUUCUUAAAGGCCACAAGACCCUUUGUUUCUGGCCUGACAUCAUACAGUAUUUAGCAGGUUCCAUGUUUCACAUUUGACAUCCAGGCCAGAUGUUUUGUCAGGUCAUCCCUAAGCACAGUAUUCCUAAAUUUUGCAAUUUUGCCAAAAGUUCAUCAUUUGUUGGGAAACAUAAAAGGAGAGUACAGGGAAGUUUCAGAUGUAGCAUGCUCAACUUAUUCAAUAAUAGCUUUCCCCAACUUGGCACUCUCCAGAUGUGGAACUCCCUGCAGUAUCCAUUGCCAACACAGUUGUGCUGAGCAUUCUCAUCCAGAGUAUACCAGGUUGCAGGAAGAUGGAGGCAGAGGUAUUAUAGUGAGAGCCAUCUUUGUGCCAUGAAAGAGUUUACAUGCUUUGUUUAACUGGACGCUCUCUGCUAGGCGGAAUUCAGUUUGGAGACAAAAGUUAAGGAGAUGGGUGAGAUUUAUACCAGCCCUUAGAAAUUCAGCUGUUUCUGUGUUUUAUAAAGAAAUGGAUCUGAGCUCAAAAA